AUGAAUGCUACCGGAUCCGCAAGCUCCGACAAUUUACCUUUUUCAGCAAAAUUGUGGCUUUCCAUAAUUCUUAUUUUACUCAAUGUGUUUACAGUUUUAGCCAAUCUUCUUGUAAUUGGAAUAGUUUUGGGAAACCAUCGGCUACGGAAAUGUACAAACUAUCUUGUAGUCAAUCUAGGUUUUGCAGACCUGCUGUUUGCUUGUACGUCCUAUCCAUUCGUCAUAGGAUCUUUAGUGGACAGCAAACAGAGCACGAACUUCAAGCUUUGUCAGUUUGUGGGAUUCUCGGACUCAUUUUAUGCUACAUCAGCAUCGUUCUCCGUGGCAAUCAUCGCAUAUGAACGGUAUUAUUCUAUAAUCCACUGCUUACACUAUGAACAAUCCAUGAUGAACCGAAAGACGAAGCCUGUUAUUUUAGCCGUUUGGAUAGCCUCACUGUUGAUCUCUUUGGCACCUUUACUUAGCUGGGGAGAUUAUAGCUACGAGAGAUAUCAGUACAAGUGCACUUUAGGCUUUAUGUACGAUAAGGGAUAUUUCUUCCUCAAAAUCAUUCUGACAUUCAUCAUUCCUCUAACAGUCAUGUUAGUUUGUUAUAACUGGAUAUUCAUGGUCGCAAAACGCCACGCAGCGAGCAUAACUAGCAUCGAAAUUCGAGUUCAAAAUGAUCUAGUCCACGGCGCAAAACGAAAUAAUUUGAACAAGAAGCAUCACACAGGAUCAGUCUUUAUCACGAUAGUGGUUUAUAUCGUUUGUUGGCUACCAAUAAACAUCCUGUAUCUCUUAAAGAAUCUUAAACCAUCAAUAGCUAUUCCAAGCCUAGCGCUCACCGCCAGUUGCAUGUUAUCAUUACUGUCAAGCAGCAUCAACCCGAUCGUGUAUGCUUUGGUCACGGGAAAAUUUAGGAAGGGAUUCGCAAGGUUGUGUAACAAACUAAGAUCUCGAAAAAAAUCAGUGACACCCUGCAAGAGAACAUCCCCUGGGACAUGGACAUUAUCAAGUGCUAGAUUCUCAAGACGUGGUUCAACUUCACAUGCGAAGUUUCUCUACAGAAGUGAAAAUAACGUGGAUAAGGCAAUUGAACUGGACGCAGGCGCCAAGCAGUCGGGUGUUCUGUUGGAUGUGCAGAAUUUGGAAAAAGGACCACGCCUUUUGAGUCCAAUCGAAAUUAGUGACAACUUGUUGUCUGUAUCAAAACGAAGUUCGCCGACAGAAACAAGACCAAAAUCGAAUCUAGAAGCUGACAAUAAUGACGCUGUUAAUUCUUGCUAGAACUUAGGGUCUGUAUACACAUUUCAUGCGAACGACGGGUCAUGCAGGUUCUCCUGAAUGUUACAAUCGUGGAACUAUAUCAGUGUUGGUCACAUGACGUUAAUUUUGUAUUACUGUAAUAGGUCGUUCAAGAUUAUCAAUACAAAAUAGGCUUGUCAUGCCGCGACGUAAAAUAUUUACAGAACUGUAGGGACGGCGAGUCGAUCCAAAGGCAAGGGGGCAUUUCGUGAAAGGGCACUUCGAAUUGACACAUUAUAGAGAGUGUUUGCAAAAUAUCUCCGGUUGAAUUUGGUCUCAUGUUGUUUUCUCUUUGUUAUAUUAUUUCGGUGUCCGGGGGGUUUCCGCGAUACUGUUUUGUUAUUCUUGAAGUUGUGUCGACUCUAGAGCAGAAUUAUUUAUCAAAAAGUUUCAAUGCAAACUUAAAUUGAAAAGCACUUUGUCCUGCCCCCCUGUCGCCGUGCUGGUUAAAUAAA